UUCACUUCUUCUUCAGCCUGUAAAAAGCAGAUUAUAAAUCGCUAGAAGGCCAUCAUGCCAAAGCAACAUACUGUGUAAUUCUUUCACUCUUACUUCGCGAAAGCCUGAAACCACAACACAACGGUUUAUUCAUCUUCUCUACGAGCUGCCAACAUUCAGAAUGACACCCGAGCAAUUCAAAUCCAUCUGGGAUAGAAUCUUCACCGGAAACCCAAGCGAAGCUCGUUCAUUUUGUGAAGAAGUACUCAACCCCAACUAUGUUCGCUUGGAAGCUGGUAGCGACCGAACGGACUUUGAGCGCGCCGUCGAGAAAAUUACUUUCUUCCGCCAAAAAUGCAAGAAAAUAAACAGUUCCUUGCUAUUUUUCGCUUACGACAACAAGAAAGUUGCUGCACGGCUGAUUUGUGAUUUGGCAAUGAGUGAUGAAGAGGAGAAGAAGCUGGAGGUCAUGAUCAUGGUGGAGCUUGACGACGAGGAGAAGUGGGUGGCUGCUUGGGAGCUUAUCACUCCGUAUUUGGGUUGAUUUUGUGCGGUUAAGUGCGACUAGAUGCAUGGCAGUUUUGUUCAUACGUGAACCUGAAGAAUAUGCCCACCCCAUAUAUUAUUUCAGGGGAGUGCGAUGUCCCCGAUGAAAUUGUGAUACGGGUGUAUCGUCUUUCUACUACUCAGAUUGAACCCGAAAUAUGCUCUGGAGCUCCUGUUGCCGCUUAUGUAUCUUCAGCACUAGGAUAAUUCCUAUAGCACGUUUCGGGCUGUUGCUGCUCGGAUGACACAUGAAAUAUGGGCUGAGUAGAGUAGAAGAAUAGAAGAAAGCUCCAAAUAGCCAGGCUCAGAAGAUAGUUCGGCUCUACCGGCAGAUAUGGGGGAUAACAAUAUAUGUGCG